AUGAUGUCGCUCAAAAUACCGUCCACACACAAUGGGAGGGUUAUCGCCGCAGCAGCGGCACUCGUCCUAUGCUGGAUCAUCGGCCUCAACUUGCCCUAUCGAGCGGAUGAUGAGUACCUGAACCCUAAGCCAACACCCAAGAAGUUUGGGCCGUCAUACCCACUCCGCCCCGAGAAGAGCCAUGGGUCUGCUUUACCAGAUCUGGUGACCCAGGCAGACGAAAUCGAGGACUUUUGCUCUCACUUUCACCUAGAACCUCACAACUCCACAACCGUACAGGAAGAUGGUCAAAUAAUACCGGGUCCUCCAAGAAAAGUCUACGACCUAAUGCUCAUCGACCCCGAAACCUCCCUCGAUGCACUCGAACUUCACCUGGCGCAGAUGGCCCCAUUCGUAGACUUCUUCGUCCUGCUCGAGUCUCCAUCUAUCAAGCCUCCACCUCCGGAACGUCCCCCCGAGCGUGAGUGGUGGGAGCGCGACCUUUCCAGAGUCACUGGCCCCAGCUCCUUACCUCCCUCGGACGACUCAGACACCGACGCCCAGCCCAUUCUGGACGGGAUAUGGAAUACCCUCCUAGCUCCCUAUCACAAGAAGAUCAUUCGUCGUAACCUCUCUCAGUCCUCUUCCGACUUCGCGCCGGGCAAGGACCAUCCGGCCGCAGCUCGCAACGCCGUUUAUUCGCAGGUCGUACCGCUCCUGACAGGUUCGCAGAAGGCCGCGUUGGAAGACGUGCUGUUGGUGUCAGACGCCGAGGAACUUGUGCGCCCGGACACCAUGGAGGUCCUGAGGAAAUGCCAUAUUCCCAAAAGGGUAACGAUCCGGACGAGGGCCUACUGGUACAGCUUUCAGUGGUUCAAGAUCGACAAGUCUAAGUACCCAACGAAGGAGAAAACUCCUUCGAAGGAAGAACCGCGGUCGAUCGACAAGCCGGAUGAAAAAGACAAAGAUGCUUCUCGCGACAAAGAGCCAACAAAGGACUCAGAUGACUCCAGCCCUGAAUGGUGGCCACACCCCCAGGCGACCUUGUAUCAGGGACCAGAGACCGUCCUGCCAAAUGACCUACGCAAAGACCGUGCCGAGGAUGACUACGUCUUCGGAAACGGAGGCUGGACCUGUCAACUUUGCUACGGCAUGAUCACUAACGUACUUGUCAAAGCAGGCCAGCAAGGGCUGAUCUGCUUUGACCGGAGCGAAUUCAGCCGGAUAGAGGCCAACCCAGACGUACCUUCAUAUCUCCAGACCAAUCCCCAUCGCUUCCCAUGGAUGCUCGACCGCGAUCCCCACGGCGCCAACUUCAAGGAUUUCGACGAGGCCGAGUUCGCGCAGUACCUGUCCAGGAAGAAGGAAGUGGACGCCGAGAAGGACACCGAGGUCGAGUCCGGGCCGGGCAAGGUCUGGAACCUCGCCAGCACCCAGGCCAACAACGACCCCGAGUUCGCACCGCCGGACAAUGACCUGUACGGGUCGCCGGGCCAGCUGAACGACCUGCCCCCGCUCAAGAUCUCGCCCCCGCCGGAGAUGAGCGACGUGGACAAGGCGUACCUGAAGAAGAUCAAGGGGAAGCCGGGCUCCAUGAUGACGGUGGCGGAGAUGGCGCUGUUGGAGCAACUUGAGAGAGGCGGCGACGACGCUCUGCUUCCUCCUCUUGUUUAUGGGGAAGAUUGA